UGUUUGUAAAGAAUUCUGGUUCUCCAUGAAGAAAAAUUAAGGUAAAUAAUCAAACACUGUACGCUCCAAGACAAUGCAAACAGCUAGAAAAGGGUAUAUAAACUCUUUGUUCCCGUCAGAAACACAACCUCUUACUUUGUUCUGCUUGAAGUGCGAGGACAUUCAACAUCAUAACAAGAUGGCGUCAGGUCUGAAGUUGAUCCCACUCCUCUGUUUGACCAGUGGACUGUGGGCUACGGUUGUGUAUGGGAAUCAUUCAGGUGAAUCCUGCAAGACUUGCCCUCAGGGUUGGAUUCAUUUUGACAAAAGCUGCUACCUUUUCCAGUUCACUCAGAUGGAUUGGGCUGAUGCAGAGCGCCACUGCACCGCCAUUGGAGGAAAUCUGCCUUCUGUCCACGCCAAUGACCAGUACACCUUCCUCAGAAAUACUAUUCAUCAGUUGACUGGGCGACAUGGUGGUGCUUGGCUUGGAGGAUAUGAUGCUGUAAAGGAGGGUGUGUGGCUGUGGAGCGACGGCACUUUCUUUGACUUCAAACACUGGGCCAAAGGGGAGCCAAACAACUACGCUGGACACGAGAACUGCAUGGAGAUGAACUUCAGGGGAAGGGAUUUUGUCAACGAUUGCAGCUGUAAAGCGAAGAGAUCUUUCUUUUGUGAGAAGCUCCUGUGAAACUGCUGCUACGUGCUGACAUCUGUAACAUGAAGAAUCUGUUACUACCAAAGAUGUCACUUGAUCCAGAUAUCAAGCCUUGAUGACAUCGCUGUGUAGGAUCUGAUGGAAUAUCUGAUUAAUCAAUAAAAAGAUAAAUUUGCUGA